CACAGCGCUCUCUCUCAGUCUCAUUCGCUACACACAUUCACAGUCCAGAGCCCAAUUUUUUGCAGCUGAAAAAUCACAGCUACUUCGUUUUUUGCAUUAUCGGAAUAUUUGAGUUCUUAAUAUUUGUUGAUCAAUAGUUCUUGCGAUAGUUCGAUCUGUACAAAUCAUGGCUGCUCACCGGGAAGAAUUCUUAGAAAAGACCAUACUCAAAAGCCCAGGCCUUCUGAAGUACAUCCUGGAGACAAGCUGUUAUCCAAGAGAAAACGAACUAUUAAAGCAACUCAGGGAAGCCACAGUCGAGAAAUACCCGUUCAGGAGUAUUAUGAAUGUGCCAGUUGAUGAAGGGUUGCUUCUCUCCGUGCUUCUAAAGAUUAUGAAUGCAAAGAAGACAUUGGAGUUGGGAGUAUUCACGGGAUAUUCUCUACUGACCACUGCUCUUGCCCUACCUGCGGAUGGCAAAAUAACUGCAAUCGAUCCAGAUAAAGAAGCCUAUGAAGUUGGAUUGCCGUUCAUUCAAAAGGCCGGAGUGGAGCAUAAGAUUGACUUCUUUCACUCAGAUGCCUUCUCAGUCCUAAACGAUCUCAUCAACAAUCAGGGCAAGGAAGAAGGGAGCUUCGAUUUUGCAUUUGUGGAUGCGGACAAGAAAAACUACAUCAACUAUCACGAGCUGCUAGUGAAGCUGGUUAAAGUUGGUGGGAUAAUAGCUUACGAUAACACACUGUGGUUUGGUUUGGUUGCGGAACCGGAGGAGAUGGUGAAGGAACCUUUAAGGCCAGGAAGAAAUCAUCUGAUUGAGCUCAACAACAUUCUGGCAGGCGAUUCUCGUGUUGAACUAGCUUUCGUUUCUAUUGGGGAUGGCCUUAGCUUAUGCAGGCGCCUCUGCUGAAACUAAUUAUCACGAACAAAUACUACCAGUAUACUCUAGAACAAGAUGUUGCAAGCCUCAACAUUAGAAUAAAUCUAGUAUACUUUAAU